UCUGUCUGAGCCCUCUUCUGUUUUCAUAACUCAAAUUCAAAUCCCUCGAGCUGUUGUUACAUGGGCGUGAGUGCAGCCUCUAUACUGAACAGCCUUCUUCACAGCCGAACCAACCGGGCCCAUACUCAACCCACCAGCGCCAAAGUCUUGACCAACACCAUCCUCGUUCACCUCAGAGCGGGUCGUCUUCGCAAAGCUGUUUCCGUUCUCUUUGCUGCCCCAGUAUCCGUCCCUUAUUCCCUUUACGCACGUCUCUUCCGAAUAUGUUGUGCCAAUUUUGCCAUUGUUGAGGCGCGGAAGGUCGAGUCCCAUUUGGUCACCUUCUCACCUACGCCGCCGGUUUUUCUUUUGAACCGGGCAAUUGAGUCUUAUGGAAAAUGUGGGUGUUUGGUUGAUGCGAGGGAGCUGUUUGAGGAAAUGCCUCAAAGAGAUGGGGGGUCUUGGAAUGCUAUGAUUACGGCCUACGCACAAGGAGGGUGCCCUGGGAAGGCCUUGUCCUUGUUUUCAGUAAUGAAUGGUUUGGGAGUUAAUGCAAGUGAGGUCACGUUCGCCAGUGUUCUUGCGUCCUGUGCUGCAGUCUUGGCUCUUUGUCUUUCUAGACAAAUUCACGGGCUUAUUGUGAAAUAUGGGUUUUGUGGGAAUGUAAUCUUGGAGAGUUCACUUGUUGAUGUAUACGGGAAAUGUAAGGUUAUCAUUGAUGCACGCAGAAUGUUUGAUGAGAUCGAGAAUCCAACUGCUGUUUCUUGGAAUGUGAUUGUGAGGCGGUAUCUCGAGGUGGAUGAUGGAAAAGAGGCAGUGUUUAUGUUUUUUCAGAUGUUCCUAGAAGCUGUUAGGCCCUUGAAUUUUACUUUCUCUAAUGCACUUAUUGCUUGUUCAAGAAUAUCUGCGCUAGAGGAGGGGAUGCAAAUUCAUGGAGUUGCGAUUAAAGUUGGUUUUGGGGAUAAUGACGUUGUUUCAAGCUCUGUCAUUGAUAUGUAUGUCAAGUGUGGGAAACUAGAGAAUGCUCGCAGGGUAUUUGAACAGCCAGGUUCAAAGAAUUUGAUUUCUUGGACUUCAAUUGUGUCAGGGUAUGCAAUGAGUAGAAAAACUGGGGAGGCAAGAGAGCUGUUCGAUCAGAUGCCAGAACGCAAUGUAAUCUCCUGGAAUGCAAUGUUGGCAGGGUACACCUGUUCCCUUCAAUGGGAAAAGGCCUUGGACUUUGUAUUUUUGAUGCGCAAUUCAACUAAAGACAUUGACCAUGUCACGCUUGGAUUGAUACUAAACGUGUGUGCUGGUCUUUCAGAUGUUGAAGUGGGAAAACAGGUCCAUGGUUUUAUCUACCGAAAUGGUUUCUUUUCUAAUCUCUUUGUUGGCAAUGCCCUUCUUGACAUGUAUGGUAAAUGUGGGAACUUAAAAAGUGCCCGAGUUUGGUUUUACCAAAUAAGUCAAUGGAGGGAUAUUAUUUCAUGGAAUGCUUUGUUGACUAGCUAUGCUUGUCAUGGCUUGAGCGAACAAGCUAUGACAAUUUUCUCAGAGAUGCAGUGGGAGACUAGACCAAGUAAAUUUACAUUUGGAACCCUUUUAUCAGCCUGUGCGAAUACUUUUGCUCUUGAUCAUGGCAAACAAAUUCAUGGAUUUAUGAUUAGAAAUGGUUAUGAGAUUGAUAUUGUGAUCAGAGGAGCCUUGGUAGACAUGUACUCAAAAUGUCGUUGUCUUGAGUAUGCUCUCACAGUUUUCAAAGAGGCUGGUUCACGGGAUGUGAUUCUCUGGAACUCCAUAAUUUUUGGAUGUUCUCACAACCGAAGAGGUAGGGAGAUACUCCAAUUGUUCGGGUUAAUGGAGGAGGAAGGUAUAAAGCCAGAUCAAGUCACCUUUCAAGGAAUUUUGCUUGCUUGUAUAUGUGAUGGCCUAGUUGAGUUGGGAACGCAGUACUUUAAUUCAAUGAGCAAUGAGUAUUGCGUCAUGCCUCGGUUAGAGCACCAUGAGUGCAUGAUUGAACUAUAUAGUCGGCAUGGGCACAUGAUUGAGCUUGAGAAUUUUGUUAAAAACAUGGCAUUUGAACCCACUGCUCCCAUGCUGCUGAGUGUCUUCGACGCUUGUAGAAAACAUGGGCACAUAAGGCUUGGAGAAUGGGCUGCCGAACGACUUAAUCAAUUGAAUCCUUCGUCUCCAUUAGAAUUCCAAAUUGUCAAUGGAGAGAGGUAGUAUUCACUGGACUUACAGCUUGAAAGCAGCUACAUUCUUGCAUUGCAAGUUCUGCUUCCGAAAUUGCAACUUGCAGAUAUUGCAUCCAAAUUUUCUUCCAAGGAUAUUACAGUUCAUCUGUAGGUAGAUUUGGUCAUCUUUAUCUCCUUGGGACGUAACAUUGGAUUUAUUUGAACAAGUCACAUCAUAAUUUCUACACGCAACCUCCCUGAUGUAUAUUGUCAUACGGAUGUUAAAACCCUAAAUAUCCCAAUAUAAUGUAUAUGUAAUUGGAAAAUAAUCCUCCGUCAUGUAACCUACUGCUUUUGCACAGAAAGCAAUGGCAGGCUGUACCGGGUUAACACAUGGAGAGAUGUUUGGAUACCGAAAAGAACACAUCAGGUUCCUGAAGAUGGUAUUCCUGUGUCCUCAUGCCCACGCCUUGGGAUUCAGAGGAAAGAACAUACAGUUAUUGGUUGGUUUUAUAACCAAAGGAAAGGCAUACAUUUUAUGGUGAUAUAGCUGAAGCACCUAAGAUGCUAGCAAUGGCUCUCAUGUGGUAAUCGACUCCAGUGCCAACGGCCUCAAUUCUGUGUCUGCUCUCUCUUCUCAAGUAAAAGUUACUCUCAUUGUGAAAGUGAAUGAUGCAGGAGAAAUUACAUGAUGAAACAUGAAUUUCGGGCCAAGUUCGGUGGGGGCAGAUGGACAUGGCUUAGAAAAAGUUCUUCCUGGGUUCCUCUUUGCCUCCCUGUUUGCAUAUAUUUUUUACUUGUUAUUGUUUAUUUUUCAUUUUUAACUUAUUCUUAUGCUUUCUGAGAAUGAGGAUUUAAGGUGUGUUUCUACAUUUAUUGUAUUCUUUUUCAGUAAGGAACAAAGAGUCAAAACAGCCUGGAAUCGAACCCGGGUCUCUUGAGUUGAAGAGU